GAACGAAAGGUUGUCAGUGUCGGUGUCAGUGUUGGCAGUGUCGUUCUAGCGAUGUUGAGUGACGGAGAGCGCGACCCUCUCCCGAUGAAACAUGUGUUGUGACUUCCUUACUGAAAUGGUGACGACAGAAAGAUGGGGAACAUAAAGAACAUUAGUGAACUGCUUCCCGACGAGCCCAUAAAGGACCCCUUCGAGGAUGAGAUUCACUUCAACAACACAGUACGGGAAUAUAUCCUGUUCCUGGUGCUGCUGCUGCUGCUGUCGGUAGCAUCGCACGUGGUGGUGCUGCGGUAUCGGCGGAGAGAGGCAGCGCACCUGCCGCCGCCCCGACACACCGACGACGACGAGGCCCCGUGGACCGCAUCGCG